UCAGUAGACAGGGGUUGUUUAAUCAUUAGGUCCCUUGAAACAAGAAUGUGCACAGGAAUUUCAAUUUUGGGGUUCGAGCUGUUUUACUUAGACAGUUGAUUAAUUCAGUUAUGAGCCCUUUUAGCCCUAACUCUGUACACUAUUGAUCUGCUCAAAUGUGACUAAUUGAGGAUUAUAAUCUUCUCCUGCUGGAUCUGUGAGCCAGAUGACCAACACCACGUCCCUUCACUAUAAAACCAAGGGGAAGAUUGUUUGUGCUCUUAUGCUGCUGUGUGUUCAUUUUUCUAUGAUGGACAUCCCUGGUCCUUGCAAGCAUGCCAUAACCACGGACCACAUCCUUCAACUGAAACACAUGAUCAAUAACCAGCUGCGGACCAGCUGUUCAAUCGCAUACACGUUCAUUGAGAGGAAACACUUGAGUGUGGUUUGCUAUGUGAAAGCCACGCUGCCGAGGGUGCUUGAACUGUUAAAUGUCCACUUCACAUACAUGCGAGGAUCAGGAAGUGCUCUGGCAGUGGUUUCCAUCCAAAACCUUAUUCUGAACAUCUACUCCCAUCACUGUAUACCUUCACUAAAUGAGGAACUGGAGGAGAUCCCGGUGGCAUUUGAGAAGCAGUACAAAGAGACUCCUGUCCAGGCGCUUUUAAGAGUGGAGGAGGUUCUGUCUCUAUACCUGCAUCUCAUCACAACCUCCAACACAUCUAUAAACUGGACCUGCGGGCACGAGUACGGCAGCAUUAUGCAUGAGUACAGCAGUAUUAUGCCCUCUACUGUAUCCCAGCUCACCACUGGCACAGAGGCGGCGGUGGGGUUAUCCAGACAAGCUCCUCGGGGGUCCGUAAGCGAUGAUUUCUACAGGCUGGGGUUCAUUUUGGUCUCCAUCUGUGGAGGAUUUUUCAUCCUUCUCACUGUCUACUGCCUCCUGAAGAGAAAGAAACUGCAACAUCAACUUCACAGAGCUUUAUCCGCAGACUGGGGAUUACAAGUUGUUGAAAAUUUUGGAACACAACAGCAAGAAUGUCAGAUGUCCAACCAUCAAAGCAGCUUUGGCUCGGACCUCUCCACUGAUCUCUAACAGAGCUGAUGCCUCUUUUGGACACCAAAAACAACAAACAGACUGUGAUACUUUUCAGAAACCGCACUACUACAUCAUCUAAUGGUUUGCAUUAACUAGAAGGAAAUCCACUUAUUGAGCACUUUAUUAUAAGAACGCUUUACAAAUAACUCGGAAUGGGGUCUCCCUUUAUUCCAAAAACAGUCACAUUCCCUCAAGAUUCCAGUACCCCUUGACAUGACCAGCCAACACAAUUUUCAUUCAUGCUGUAAACUUUCUAUUCAGAUCCAGUGACUGUGAAGGAAACUUUAAACUUUAUCCAGUUCAAGACCUUGCUUUUUUGCUUACAUGAUGGAAAAUCAUCUUGCCAGUUAUUUUUGACCAAAACAACAUGUAAAAAAAUGCAAGUUUAUUUUGGCUAGUGGGAUACUCUGGACUAAUAAUGUUGUAAUCUGAUGUGUUGUGCAGUUUCAGAUGCUAUUCUUCUCAGUACAUCUCUUUCAGACAGCUACAGUAGUAUUUCUGUCAGCUCAAAGCAAUCUGGCCUUUCUCGCCUCCAAACUCUUCAUCAAAAAGGCAUUUGCAUUGAGGAAACUGUAGCUCGCUGGGUGUUUUCACUUUAAUCGUUGUUGUGUGUGAAAAUCCCGGGAGAAAUAUUUAAACCAUCUGGCCUUUUGGCACCAACAGUAGUGCCACAUUAAAAAUCAAUGUGAACAAUUCUUCCCUUCUCCUAUUUAGUUAAACGUUACACUUCCACUACACAAGCUCUUCGGAUAAUCACACGGCGGUCCUCAUAAAGUGCUCAUAUAUGUCGAUUUACAAUGUAUGUCUCAUAUGGCAUAAUCAUUUGCUCAUAAUCACUCACUUACUUGGAGCUUGUAAAUAUGUAAAUAUAUGUUUUCAUGAACAUCUGAACUUCUGGAAAUGUCAUAGUCAGUAUUGCAUAUUCAAAGUUGCCACAUGUACAUCAAUCCACUCAUGCAAAAUGCAUUUCAAACCUAGACUGGAAGUGUUACCAUCAAUAAAUACGUAAACAGAAAGAAUUUAUUUGACUGUUUGUUCUAUAAUUCAGGUAAAAUGUUGCUUAUGUUCAUGUGUGGACAACUUAUGCUGUAAAAGCCUGAUUGUUUAAAGCUUUUAAAUAGAAAGCACAUUUCACAGUGAAAUAGUUUCCAAAAACUGUGAAAUUCUGUCAUUAUGUAUACCUUCCUUCAUUUUCUUCCAAACUCUUACCUUUUCAAUCUGCACGAAAAACA